AUGGCGCACAGCAACCAGACGUUCGUCAUCGCCGAGGUGUACGGUUUAUACCGCCCUAUUGCCGCCCUCGGCCAUCCAGACCUCAGCGGGAUGCGCGCCCUGGCCCAGUGCCAUCGCCAGCUCCAGAUAUUCUCCCAUCCAAGCAACCGGAUUGCCCUCGAGGCGGAGCUCUUCUCAGCCAAGACAUUCUUCAAAAACUGGACAGCAUCGGACCUCAGGCAACGGAGUAGCUCUAGCUAUGAUCUACGAUCCCCUUUCUCCUUUAUCUCCACCUGUUUGACAGUGGGAUCCUUGCAUCGCACCGACGGUCACCCUCCAGCCGCCAUACACGAGCUUCCCUUCAGUCUUCCCUUCGAUGACUACCAGAAUGGCGGGGGCAUCAUUGUUAUCGACAUCACUAAUUUGAAUAAACUCAAAUACUGCUUUGCGUUUACUUCAACAAGAAAAGGGCUACGCUCCCGCCCGCUCUCUGCCAGGCAGUAUCUUUUAACAUACUAUUCGGAACAUGACAAAUUUCUACAAGAGCCGCGGUCCGUGGCUAUAACUAGAGGACUGGAAAGAUGGCACAUCAUUGAUGUGGUUAGUCUUGCAGGUAAAACACAAACUCCCGUAACUGGCCCUCGAGGAUUAGUUGAGCAGACUGUCGAUAAGAUGAUGAAAGCUCUCCAAUCAUCUUCAAGUACAGUCGACCUCAACACAAUCAAACAGGAAAUGUCACAUUUUCCAGGUCUCAAAAAGCUUGUCCAGGACUGGUUUUGUGAAAACUCACACCUCGUGGACGGAUCCCCUAAUACCCUCUCUCUCAUCUCCCUGGCGUACGAAGGAGAACAGAUUCUCGACUGGGGUUAUUUCCCCUUUCUUGAAGUUUCCUCCCUGGAAGCCCUACUGCAAAAUCCCGAGUUUCAGAACGUCCACACUAUCAGUCUCGCCACGCCCCGAGCCAGUUAUAAUCAUUCCAAACGACUAUGGCCCGUCCUCUCUACACUCCCAAACCUCAAAACCGUCUGUCUCCUCGACCCGCUCUCCGUCAACGGAUUCGUUACCUGCGAGCCCUUUGUCGAGCUGGCUCAGUCCGACCUCAACAUCCGCCUCGACAAACUCACCAUAACCGCACCCUUUUACCACUCCAUACACGAAGAAAAUUGGAUCUCGGACGACACCUCUCCCCCAUUACUCACACCCUCCUUCCCCAUUGCUCAACUCCUCGUCCACCACGACAGGCCAAAAAUCCACGACCUCACGCAAUACGAGUACUUCUCCCUCGGCGAUGCUCUCCUCAGCCCCGUCAGGCUCCUCACCGGUCUGUUCCAGUACAUGAGCAUGAUGCGCUCCCUCCUUUUCGUAACCGGCGGGACCACCGCCCUCAACGUGUCCGCAUGCUUCGCAGCCAGCUCCUCGUCCCUCGCUCCAACGCAGUUCGGCGAGAUCGGCCCUCUCCCUGCCCAAAUUUACAAGUACGGCCUCAUGGCCGGCCGCAAAGUAUGCCACCGAGGUAAAUUCUCCUCCAUGAGAGACCUCCAGCCUGGGCAGUGGACCGUCCUGCUGCGCCAGAUCCGCUCCUCCACCUUCCAGUACGCGUUCGUCAGGGUCAGGAAGAUGAUACGUAUCAAGGAGUCCAUCCGGGCCCGCAAGCCCAUCGAGCCCGAGAUGAUUGACGUUUUCACCAUUGAAGAUUUCCUUCGUGAGACGGCACCGGAGGUUGAUGUGGGCGGUGUACAGAAUUUAUAUAGCCAGUUAUUGCCUGAAGGGUUCGGCACAAGCCGCGUGUUGAUCCUGUUGGAUUCACAAGAGGCAUGCAUCCUGUUAGAUGAAUUCGUCGAUAAGACGAAAGAAGUGGACUUGAUCAAGCAGUUCAUCGGACAUCCAUCACAGGUCGUGUACAUGGGAUAA